AUGAGAGAGCGCUCGGCACCAGGACCAAAUGAUCCAUGUCUUCAGAUAGCAUUGGAUAUUGAUGUGCGCCAAGAGAACACAAGGGUGCCCUGGGUGGAUCUUCUGUGCUAUAAUAUCGAUCCUAGUCGUCUUGUUCCGGAUCCGCUCCCAUUACCUUUUCGCGAUACUUUUUCUCCAACAUCGACGAAGCCCCUCGCAAUCACGGCUGAGCAUAUAUUACGGUUGGAUUUGACAAUGAGUGAAGAUGUCUUUGAUGCUAGCACGAUGAGCUUGGUUGAACGAAAGCCCAUGAUGAUUGCUGCAAAUGGAUCAUUUCCUCUUUAUAUCUUUAGUAGGCUUGACAGUGCUCUUAAGGAGGUUUGUCUAGAAAGGAACCCUCCUCGAUAUGAAGAGGUUCCACAGGCACCACCCUUUUACGACCCCUUGUUUGAAAAUUGA